GUGGCCACCACUGCACCAGCUGUACACAAGACACACAUCCAGAAGCUGGUGUGUGUUCACUGUGGGGCGCAGGUCAAGUACCUGCUGAGCCACCUGAGCAAGAGCUUCCGCUGCCAGGUGGCCUACGACAUGACCCAGCUGCGGCAGGUGGCACAGCACAGCAAGCGACUCAGGCAGAAAUAUUACCUCCGUCAUCUCAAGAAAAAGAAGAAGCAGCGCGAGGUGUUUGAGAUCCUUGAGCCGGUGAGGCUGCCCCGUCCUGCCAGACAAACCAGAAAGCGGGAUGUUGAUCGUCCCUCCAGCCCUGGCCGCCAUGCUGAUGUCCCAUCGCCUAAUUGCUUUAUGACUGAAGAGCCCAGCUUCCCUGGCAGCCCAUUGGAUGACACUAUCUCUCCCAGGCCUAUAUCAGUGUACUCUACUGAAACAAGUUGCCAAUUACUGACUGAAACAAACUUACCUCUCUUGUUGGCUGAGACUAGCUUCUCCCCUCGCAAGCUGUCACUUGACGCUGGCACUGUCACAGCGUCUGGUCCUGCCACAACCAAGGACAUCUCCUCGCAAGACUACUUAUUAGACGAUGAUUUGUCCAACUCUUCCAAUAAUUCCUCUAGCAAUGAUAUGAUGUCUUCCCCAAACCCCAGUACCUUCCUUGUCUCUGCUUCUCCCACUGGGGAGGAAGGGAUCACAGUCUCUCCCAGCACUUCCCCUUCCAAGCCCAGUGACCAGAACAUCACGUGGCACAAGCGUCCCAAGCUCAGCCAAAUCAUCAAGCUCUCAAAGGCAGGCAAAGAAGAAACUCAAAUGGGCCACAACCAACAUAACCAGAGCUCUUGAUCAUUUUUGGCUCAUUUCAAUUGACCUUUUUGAUAAUUACACUUAAUUACCCAUCUGUCAUGGAUACAUGUACCGUCAUCAAUGCUAUUUGUACCUAGUGGUUAGGGAGCAAGAAGUCUCGUCAGUCCCAAAAGGGGUUAUAUCCAAGCUGUUCAUUGCAUGUACAAGUCUACUCAUAGCAACUAUUGUGCAUAAUUGACUGGACCAGGUCGUCCAUGCUACUUAUGGGCAUUUAAAAAUGAUGCAUGACUAUUAAUCCUACUUUCUUGAGUAUUUUGUAUUAUGUGUUGUAAUCAUAUAUGACAUGAUCCUAUUUCCUAUGUAUGUUCAUACAUCUGAUUAUCAUAGGAUUAGUACAAUGGUACUAAUUCUUGUUGAGAUAUUUGUUGAAGACAUUACCAAUUCUAGGUAAUGUCUUUAUCACAUAUUGGUAAUAAAUGUUCCAGUGUAGAUUAUGUUAAUCCUCCUCCCAUUAUAAUGUUGUUACAUCAAACAUUGAUGUUGAAUGUGAGUCCUUGUUUUUAUUUGAAAUGUUAUUUAAGUUAUUAAUUUAAUGAACUCACUGCCUGGACAAUUCAUGAAUAUAAAUGAGAUGUAUUUAAUAUAACCUAGGUUAUGAGCUGGUAUCUGUGGAGCUAAUGUGAACAUGUAUCAAUUUAUUUUUUUUAUCCAUUUGUGAACAUGCAUUUUUUUAAACUGCUCUCUGCAAUUAAGGAAUUAAAAUUUUUGUCUUGAACUGCAUACACUUCAAUGUUUGUUCUCAUGUUUCUCUAUGAUAUAAAUGUUGACAUAGCUAUUGUGAUAUAAAAUUUGGAAAGA